UCCAUUCUGCAGCGGGUCCGGAAGAAGGUCCAGUGGCUGGGGUCGUGGGACCUGGUUGGAGAUGGAGUUCGACUGCGAGAGUCUGAGGCGGCUGCUUGGCAAGUACAAGUUCAGGGAUCUAACUGUGGAAGAACUAAAGAAUGUAAAUGUAUUUUUCCCACAUUUUAGAUAUUCCAUGGACACCUAUGUUUUUAAAGAUAGUUCCCAGAAAGACCUGCUGAAUUUUACUGGCACUAUUCCUGUGAUGUAUCAGGGUAAUACAUAUAACUUACCAAUUCGUUUCUGGAUUUUGGAUUCUCACCCUUUUGCUCCCCCCAUUUGCUUCUUGAAGCCAACUGCAAAUAUGGGAAUCUCAGUUGGAAAACAUGUGGAUGCUCAAGGCAGAAUAUACUUGCCCUAUCUCCAAAACUGGAGCCAUGUAAGACCAAUUUCAAUUUUCUUCAAAAAUGUUUUACUGUAUUUUUCUGAAUAUUUAUCUUUGAUUCUGAUGGCCAGCACCGAUGUUUUCUGAGUCUGACUAUUGAAGCGUGAUUAUUUUUAAAAGAUGCUAAAAGGAGUUUCGGAGACUUUUUAAAAGAGCUUGGCAAAUCAUGAAAAUAAAACAAUCAAUAAAAUUACUGUGGUUGGAGGUGGAGAGUUGGGUAUUGCCUGCACAUUAGCAAUUUCAGCAAAGGGAAUAGCGGACAGGCUGGUCCUCUUAGACCUUUCAGAAGGAACUAAAGGAGGGACGAUGGACCUUGACAUUUUCAACCUGCCUAAUGUGGAGAUCAGCAAAGAUUUGUCUGCCUCUGCUCAUUCCAAGGUGGUGAUCUUCACAGUCAACUCCUUGGGUAGUUCUCAGUCCUAUCUUGAUGUGGUACAGAGCAAUGUGGAUAUGUUCAGAGCCCUUGUCCCAGUUCUGGGACAUUAUAGUCAACACAGUGUCCUGCUCGUUGCAUCUCAACCAGUGGAAAUCAUGACCUAUGUGACAUGGAAACUGAGUGCAUUUCCCAUAAAUCAAGUGAUUGGAAUUGGCUGCAAUCUGGAUUCACAGAGAUUACAAUAUAUUAUUACAAAUGUUUUGAAGGCACAGACUUCAGGCAAAGAAGUAUGGGUUAUUGGUGAGCAGGGAGAAGACAAAGUGCCCACAUGGGGUAGCCAAGAAGUAAUGAGUCAUAACUCUCAGGUGCAGCUAUUCAACAGAGCAAUGGAACUGUUAAGGGUAAAAGGCCAAAGAUCCUGGUCUGUUGGACUAUCAGUAGCUGACCUGGUUGACAGUAUUGUAAACAAUAAAAAGAAAGUGCAUUCUGUAUCAAUUUUAGCAAAGGGAUAUUAUGAUAUAAAUAAUGAAGUGUUUCUAAGUUUGCCUUGCAUCCUUGGAACCAAUGGGGUAUCCGAAGUCAUCAAAACCACAGGGAAAGAAGAUACAGUAACUGAGAAACUCCAAAACAGUGCAUCCUCAAUCCAUGGUCUCCAACAGCAGUUAAAACUUUGAUUCUCAAGUGCAGUUGCCUGAAAGGGAAGGUCAUUUAAUUUUGGCCACAUAUAUAGGUUUGAGGACUUCGGUAUCUUAUAACUUAUCCUUACAAACUGCUUGGUUAAAGUAGAUGGUUUCUUGGUUAGCUUUGUGAUUUCAGUCCUUAAGGAGUUACAUAAGGAGGGCAAAAUCUAAUUUUCCUUGGUGUUCUUGAGAUAUCUGUACUGUUCUUUAAACCUACAGCAAGGUAAACAUUCAUCUGCAAUGAGCAUCAGAUUACAAUUAAAUUGUAUAUCCUAACUAGCCAGGCAUGGUGGUGCACGCCUGUAGUCCCAGGUACUUGGGAGGCUACGGCGGGAGGAUCUCUUGAGCCCAGGAGUUGGUUACAGUGAGCUAGAUGGCGCCACUACACUACAGCCUGGGUGCAACAGAGCAAGACCCUGUCUCUUAAAAAACAAACAAACAAACAAAAACUGUAUAUCCUAAACUAAAAGCACCUUCAGCAAUUGGGAAUAUUUUGAAAGUAAUACAUCUUUAAAAUAAAAUUACUGUCUGACUUUUAUAAUAAACAUGAUAAUCUCAAGGCCCAGUAUGGAUUUACAGAAGCUGUGUUAGGCAUACACUCAAAGAUCCAAGCUUUUAAAGUAUUAAUGUUUCUUUAUGUAUAACAUAAACUUAUACAUAAGUUUAUAUAAACUUAUACAAAAGUUAUACAUAAUAAAUAUUAUGUAUAACUAUAAUG